AUGUCUGGCCUCCAAGAUACUCUAGUUCCAUCCAACCCUGGGCAUGGUGCUGAGCCUCCACCUCCAAGGAUCACAUCAAAUGUCAAGCAGAAUUUGCAGUUCUUGAAGUUAUGGAAGGAGUUCCAAAAGAGAAAAUCUAGCACAGCUAAGCCUGCUACUAGUUACCGCAGAAAGAAGUUGGAGAAGGAAGACAUUCCAGAGGAAACAGACCUCUAUCGCGAUCCUACUAUGACCCUUUACUAUACAAAUCAGGGUGUAGAAACUGCAGUUCCGGUCUUGCUUGUUGACGGUUAUAAUGUUUGUGGCUACUGGAUGAAGCUGAAGAAACAUUUUAUGAAUGGAAGACUUGACAUUGCUCGCCAAAAGCUUAUUGAUGAACUGGUCACAUUCAGUAUGCUAAGAGGUUUGUACUUUGCUUCUCGCUUCACUUAUAUGAGGAGGCUGUGUUACAGGGCUCCUUAG